AUGCCUAUCCUCAGUUUAGCUCCAGCCAUUGAUGUACUAACCACUGGCUCUUACCCUCGACUCCCUACCUGUAUCAAGAACAGGAUCAUACCCCGCCCACCACUCACCCCAGAGGAGAGAGCAAUGACCUUCAUACUGAUAGAGGGAGUCAUCAGGUAUAGACUAGCCAGGGAACACUUACCAUCAGCCAUCAUGAAAGUGAAGAGCAUUGGAAAUGGGCGUGUCAUCCUAACUGUUCCUUAUGAGUUUGAAGUGACCCUGACACUAGUAGGGGACGACCUAUCUCUUCCCUGGAGGGUCCUUGAUUUAAAGAUAUUAGUUGGCCAUGCCCUCUCCGGUUCCCCUGUCCUAGUGACGGAGCAGCAGCGGCUCUACCUCCUCCAGUUGGUUCAGUCCAGACUCUGUUCAGUUGAUGGUAAUCUCAAUGACAUGUUCAAUACACUCCAUCACUUCUGUCUCUCUCUGCAGCUGGACUGCCUCCACGCUGAGGUGGAGAGACUGAGUGUUGCUGUGUGUGGAGUGUAUAUGAAGGUGGAGGACUAUGUACCAGGUCACCUCAUUAGACUGGUCUACUGGAGACACACUGGACCAGCUUAUCUACUGAAUAAUACCAGCUGUAAGUACCAUUAAUAACUGAUGAUUGACUAUUAAUA